AUGGCUGACCGGGGGCAUUGGGCCGACGACCGGCGCGGGCUCCAGCACCGAGACGAGUACGCGUACCAAGGAGGCCAUCGGCACCAGCAUCAAGAUGUGCACGAGCGCCAGUACCGGCACCACGACGAGCACGAGCACGAGUACCUGCACCACGACGAGCAUGAGCGCGAGUACGGGCGCCACGACGACAAGCGUAUUCGCGACACGCCGUCCCCGCCCCCGCGCUACCAAGUACAGAAUGGCCAGCCCAACCAGGAGCGACGAGGAGACGGCCGCAGUGUUCGCGCUGGCGAGUCUGAGCGGCAAGAAGAGCAAGAGCACGAGCGCCACGAUGACGGCCGCCGCUAUUACGCGUACACUGGCGAGAGGCCAGACGUGUACCACCACCAGCAGGGAUACGACCGAGCAGCCGACGUGUACGACCGCCGUGCCGAGUUUGACCGCCGCGUCGGGCCGCCGCCUCUCCGCCGCCAAGAGGUGCAUCCCCCCUACGACCCGCACUACCCGGGGUACGACCACCCCGAGCCCCAGCCCCGGUCCCAGCCCCAGCCCAACCCCCGGCCCCUCGGCCAUGCCCAACUAGCCCACGAGUCGGCCCUGCACGCCCUAAUAGCAACGAGCACGGCCGAGCCCUUCGCCCAGCGCACAGACGCGCGCCUGGACCUCGACAACGCGGUGCCGGCCCGCGGCGGACGGAUACUGGACAUAGGGGCCGACGUGUUUGGGCUCGACGUCGAUCAAGUGUGGAAGUUACCCGCGCCGCGCAACUGCGAGUUCCACGUCGCCGACCUCGACACGCUCACGGUGCCCCGUGCCACUCGGGCGGGGGCCGAGACGCUCGAGGUGCCAGAGGACACGUUCGACGUGGUCCACCUGCGCUUCAUGCACGCGAAGGUGCACGACUUCCCCGCGCUCCUCCAGCACGCGUGGUCCCUCCUCCGUCCCGGCGGCCUCCUGCUGCUGCUUGACAGCGCCUUCCUGCCGGCAUACCCGACCCCGCACGCAGCUGAGAGCCACGCGGUCCCGCCCGGCGUGGAGUCGUACGUCAGCGUGCUCAGCCGCGCGAUGCAGUGCGCCGGCGUGGCGCCGUUCUCGCCAGACGUCGGCGCGCUGCUCGACUCGCUGGGCGCCGUGUCCACGGGCUUCGAGGUCGACUACGACCUGCCCCUUGGGCCCGCGCACCGCGCCGCGCUGGGCGCCGGGCUCGUCGCGGCCAGGUAUUACCUCGAGCAUGGGCUCGGCCUCACCCUGCACCAGGUGCGGCGGCUCGAAGACGGCUACGCCGCGGACCUGGGCGAGGGCAUGAUCGUGCGCUAUACUGCGCUGGGGAGCAUGCUCCACCGCGAACGCCAGUACGAGAUGAUGCGCGCGGCUGAGCGGGCCGCCCCUCGCAGCCGGCGCUCGAUCGCCGCGCUGCUCAACUAG